UUCCUUCCUUAAACUCUAUCUUUUCUCUCUCUCUAACCUCUUCUUCACUCACUUUACUCUCUCACUCCUCCAUUUUUCUCUCACUCUCUCUUUCUUCCUCAACUUCCACACCAAAUCCAAUGCCACCCAUUUCCUAAAACCCAAAACCCAGAAAAACAACACCACCAUGUCAUUCUACGACCCAUCUUUCUUCAACACUCAACUCUCCAAACAAACCUCAAUCUUCGGUCUCCACCUCUGGGUCAUCAUCGGAAUCCUCGUCGGUUCCUUCAUCGUCAUAACCCUCUUCCUCAUCUCCCUCUGUCUCACCUCCCGCCGCCGCAAAAACCACCACCACCACCACCACAAAACCAACCUCAACCUCAACCUCAACACCCUCACUCCUAUCGUCUCCAAGGAAAUUCAAGAGAUCAGACAAACCCCUCCGAAGCCUGAGAUCCAGGCCAUUGACAUGGUGAAACUGGAAAUUCACCGACAUGUGUCGACCAGUGGAGAGAGUAGAGGAACUUCUGGUAGUGUGUGUGAAACAGUGUCGUCUUCGCGUGGAAGUAUGGGACCGGAAGUUUCGCAUCUUGGGUGGGGGAGAUGGUAUACGCUUAGAGAACUUGAAGCUGCUACUAAUGGUUUGUGUGAAGAGAGUGUUAUUGGGGAAGGUGGUUAUGGGAUUGUUUACAAAGGUGUUCUAACUGAUGGUACCAGAAUUGCUGUUAAGAAUCUCUUGAAUAACAAAGGCCAAGCUGAGAGAGAAUUUAGAGUUGAGGUAGAAAUAAUCGGUCGUGUGCGGCACAAGAAUCUUGUUAGGUUGCUUGGAUACUGUGUUGAGGGGGCACACAGGAUGCUUGUGUAUGAAUAUGUUGACAACGGCAAUCUAGACCAAUGGCUGCACGGGGAUGUUGGACCUGUGAGUCCUAUGACUUGGGAUAUCCGGAUGAAAAUUUUACUAGGCACAGCAAAAGGACUGGCUUAUCUUCACGAGGGUCUUGAACCAAAAGUUGUUCACCGAGAUGUGAAAUCAAGCAACAUACUCAUCGACCGCCAAUGGAACGCCAAGGUUUCUGAUUUCGGUCUUGCUAAGCUUCUGGAUUCUGACCACAGUUUUGUCACGACUCGAGUCAUGGGGACGUUUGGUUAUGUUGCACCCGAGUACGCUUGCACCGGAAUGCUGAAUGAGAGGAGUGACGUGUAUAGCUUUGGGAUACUCAUCAUGGAAAUAAUCAGCGGGAGAAAUCCCGUUGAUUAUAGCAGACCAAAAGAAGAGGUUAACUUAAUUGAAUGGUUAAAAGAUAUGGUUGGCAGUCGAAGAUCCGAGGAAGUAGUUGAUCCUAAGCUUUCCGAGAAGCCGUCUUUAAAGGCUCUCAAACGAGCUUUGUUGAUUGCUCUUCGAUGUGUUGAUCCUGAUUCCUCAAAAAGGCCUAAAAUGGGACAUGUGAUCCACAUGCUUGAAGCUGACGACGUCCUAUUUCGCGAGGAUCGAAGGAACGCCGGAGAAUCUUCUCGUUCUCAACGUAACUAUCAACGAGACCACAAUGGUUUGAGUAUAGAUAAAAAUCAGAUAGGUGGAGAGAUCACUGAUCAAAGUGAAGAUGAUAGUAGUAGUAGAAGUCACCAUGAGCCUACUAGGUGGAGAAGAUGAUAGCCAAGUGUAUUCUUUUUUAUUCUUGAAAUAGUUUCCCAAUAUUUAUUAUACCUUAUUGAGGAAACAUUCAAUCAUUUUUUCCUCCCUCAUUUGUAAUCUUGUACUAUACUCUAUGGUUCAUUAUAAUAAAAAAAAAACAUAAUUAUUGAUCUCAAAGUUUAUAAGUAAAAAAAUAGUAUAAGCAUUAUAAUGAUGAAUUCAAUUUUCUAUCCUAUAUUGGCAUUGCAUUUUGGUCCCAU